AGUCCGAGAUCAGGAUGAAGUCCAAGAUCAGGGUGAUGUAGGUGGAGGAAAGAUUACUCAUAAGACAUUUCUUUCUCUUUCCCAAAUUACUGCCUUGUCAGAAGAAGAUCUGGAAGGAGUUGAAAAGAAGAUGGCAGAAUUUCUGAAUCUUACACAACUAAACACAUCUUUGAAAGAAACUAUUUUAUGCGAUUAUUAUACUGCAGGAUUUUGGUGGGCUAAAGAGAUGAACUUCAGUCUUAACCAGAUCUCAGGAUUCAUGGGUCUAUUAAAUUUCACCUUGGAAAACCUCAGCAUCAGACAUAUGACCUUGGGAGAUAAUUUAAAAGAACUUGAAAGAGCAGUGACUGGAAUAGGAGAAACUGAGUCAGAAGAAGGAGAUGAUCUGAAUUUAUUCAACAUUGACCAAGGCAAAGCAAUCAUUGAUUUCUUGUUUACCAGCUUAUUUCAACACUAUGAGGCAUAUGAAUACCUCUUCCACAUUCGUAGAGAAGAGUCUGUGAUAAGUAAUGAGAAUGAGCUUGAACUUGACCAACCUGCAGUUUCCCCCUCAGCUUCAGCAACAGAAUCUCAGGAGACUGACCAGGGGGAUUACCUGCAAGAGCCCUGUCCAGAGGCAGCAUCUUCCGAGGCGGGUGCUGUAGCUGGAGUCACUGCUGAAGAUGAGAAGUCUGCAGUGUGUGAAAUCCCAAAUGAAAUUAUUGGCAACCUUGAGGCAGACUUAAAUGAAAAGCUGCAAAUACAGGAAGAAGCUUAGACUUGGAGAAGAGAAAAAUUGAAAAGUCCUAACCAGCCAUAUAAGAAAGGUGAUGCUGGGUUUUGCAGGAAUUGUGCAGUAGAGGAUGGCACAUACAGAGGCUGGCUCACUACCUGAACCAAAUUAUUUUUGUAUAGAGGAAAAUGAUUCUGUUAACACUUACCUGGAAGUAUUUCAUCCAAGUUCCUCAAAUUUACGGUGUUCUGCUAGCGUUGUUGUUUAGUUUAGACUUAAGUUGAAGAUUAUAAACAGAAGGGCACAUAAUUAAAACACUUUGAAGUUCAGUUUAUUUCUGAAUACAGUUCUAAAUUCUAACUUUAAGAAAAGAAAAAGCUGCAGUUUCAUUCUCCCAGUUGUGAAAUACUUAACAGUUUCUGCUUUACACCUAUGUUUUUUUUCAGGAAGUGUUGCUACAAGGAAGAUACAUAGAGGGAAAACAUUAUUUUGUGGCACUGUAGAUAUAAUAAGGAGAGAAUUUAAUUAACAUGUAAUUAUGUGCCUUGCACUGUAGCUACUCAUUAAUAAUAUGUAUGUUAUUUUGUUUUAAUUUACUUCUAAGCUUUAAAAAAAUUUAAUAGCUUACACUUCUUUUUUUCCACCAUAUUAAAAUUGUAUAACUGAAGAGUCUGCGCUUAAGUAUUCCAAGAAGAGUUUCUUUAGAUUUCAGUGGAUUAUUUUCUGGAAUGCAUGUAUCCUUUCAUCUGAGAAUGUUUCCAUAUUUUUCCAGACAUUAUAGGAAUAUUUCAUGCUCAAAAAGAAUUCAACCAAAUAAAUGACCUCAGAAGAACCGGUUGAACAUCUAUGUUUCAAACUUGCAGCCUGUGUUUGUUGUGUCACAGAACUCUGUGCCUAAUAAGUCAUACUUUGGAGUGUAAAGGCUGGAUUGGAUUGUAUGUUUAGUGGAUUACAUGAGAAACAGAGUAUUUUAUUCAUUGCAUUUUCAUAUUUAUUUACCACUAAGUAGAAAGUUAGAUUUUGUUUCAUUUCGUCCUCAUUUUUUGGUGGUGGUAAAUGAAAAAUAUUUGCAAGCCUGACUCAGCCAGUCUUCCAAAGAAGAAAACAGCUUGUAGCAGUUCUCCUAAAAGGUCUGAUUUGAUGCUGACUUUCAAGGGUGGUGGGCACAGCGCUGAGCAUGCAGCUGGAAGAGUCAUUCCCAUGUGCCCUGCAAGAUGUGGUCCCAUAGCUGAAGAGAGCACCCAGGAGCUGUGCCUGGGCACCAGGAGCCUGCGUGUGCUCUGCAGAGUGCAUGUCCAGUGUGGGCACAGAGCUCCUGCCAGCCAGUGGUUCACUGGUUGAAGGGACAGAGCAGUUUACUUGGUCUCAUGCACUGAGAAAAAUUCUUCCCCUGGUACGUGAUAAGGAGAAGUAAGGCCUGUAAUGACUCACUUCCAAGUUCUCUUGAUUGCUGUUUCCAGUGCUGGCCAGAAAACUAGUGAGAGCUUCCUUUCAGCUGUUAAAAGCUGACUGUUCUGCUUUGAACAAUGAAGGCAUUAUUGAGGCAUUAUUAGUUUUACCUUUAAAAAAAUAUUUUGAUUCCUGGUUAUGUUCUUUGUUGUUUUAUUCCUAUGAAACAUGAUUUUUUUGUUAACAAAACUUUCUGAAAUCAGAAUGUCCUUUAUUUUGAUACAUAAAUCCAUCUCCCAAGACAUUAUGCUAAUGUCACAAUUUCCCUAGUUUUGAACUCAAAGGUGAGAACAGAACUUUUGAAGAGAGCUGUCCAUAUGACAAAGAGUAUUUAAAAUACUUUUUAGUCAAAAUGUGUUAUUGGCAAUUUAGCAUUGUUUAGCACUUCAGACCUAAAUCUGAGAGCUGCAGCAUUCCUGCUGUAGUGCUAAACAGAAAGGGACUAACUAUGGUUUAUAUUAAGACCAAUGCUAAACAAAGAAUUUGCUCAUAGCUCUUUCUCCCUCUCCCAGAUUUUGUCGAACCUCUGGGAAAUUUUAAAGUGCUUUGAAGAUGAGAAAUAGUAUAUGAACCUCAAGUAUUACAGUGAUGAUUUGUUAGCAGUCAAUCUUACUACAUAUGCAUAACAGCUGAGGUAGUGCAGAAAUCCAGAGUGAAGUCCAAAUCCCACAAACCAUUUUUGCAACCAACUUUCUGCUGAACUAAAUAAUGCUAACAAUAAAGAAUAGACCCUGGGAUUUUGGGAGUGGGAAGGAAGAUGGUUACGAGCCUGAGGGAGGGAAGAUGAGUAAAAGGUAGACAUAGCAUCUCUCUAAGCAUUCAGAGAGUAAGUUCUGACACAGCAUAUGAACAUAGAAUUGAAGAAUUCUUUAAUGUCUUCAGAAUGUUAAUAUGAAAUGCAAAACAUCAUGCUUUGGAUAGAUGGGUAGGAACAAAAUGUUCAGAUGCAAUAUGGUGCAUUAGGAACAGUCUCCAUUCUGUAUUCCUGGCUUUCUCAUUGGUUUAAAUCAAGCUUGCUGUUUCUCCAGUCUCUCAUGUCAUGUAGAGUUACUGCUGUAAUCAUCUCUAAAAAUAAUUAUGCUGUCAUUCCUUGGACCUACACUUGAGGCUUUGGUAUUACUAUCUUUGAGUUUUUUGGGUUUUUUUCCCACGCUGUUGAUCUAACAAAGUUCUUUACAAUCCACAUACAUAGCAUAGUUCUUAACAGGUUCCCACCCUACAGAGUUCUCAAUUUAAAGCAGAUAGAUCUUGUAGAAAUGAAGGGAAGAGAUGUUCUGUCCUACCUUGUCUGCCAGAGAAGUGGUGGUUUUCCAGGGGCAGAGGACAGAUGAAACAGUAUAGUUUCUCCUAUACUAGGUAUAAUAUUGAUGCUUUUAAGCAUCUUCGUGGCAAAAUCCUGGUCUGUACUAGCAUUUUAUAAUGAGACAGUGCACAACUAGUAAUUAUCCUCUGGUAAAAGAAAAGCUCUAUUUUCAGGCAGUGCUUUUCUGCAUUACACUGACAGUGUGAUGGAAGUUUAGAUAGAAAGCAGCUUUUCUCGUAAGAAGCUGGCUUGAAAGUGAUGGGAGAGGAGACAAAAAGAGAAGACAGUUUUUUACCUGUUUUAUAGUAUUUUGUCUUGACCUUUUCUUCUCAAGCCUUUCUUCUCUUCUUUUGCACCAAAUUUUGAUUUGAAUUUGAAAAUUACCACGCUGUUUCUUUCCUAAAAUUGUAACUGGCAUUCCUAGAAAAAAUGUUUUCCUAGAAAAGCCACUGUGCGUAGGCUUCAAAUUCAGCUUUUCAUAAGUGACAAUAAGACAUUUUCUUCAAUAACCUACACUGCCAACCUGACCACAAAACAUGGGCAAAGUCAGCACUGGCCUGUUACAGUCAGGCUCUUCAGCACAUGAUCCAGGUGAUCAAUCAAACAUGUUUAUCCAGAUGGUCAUGUUGUACUUACCUGAAAAGCCUCUGGAGUGCAGGUUUGGCUCUGGGCUUACCCAGAAGGGUGUAGAAGAGAGAACCACAAAGUUCUGUCAGCUGGCACUCUAGGGAGGGCUGUGUUCAAGGUGAAAUCCCCUCUGCUUCUCUACCCCCCUUCACAAGGAAGUGACAGCAGUGACAAAACACUGUGCUGCUUGCCAUGAGCAGCUCCAAACUGAACGUUUGGAAUGAGCAUUUCAGCCCAUUUUGUUGUGGCACUUUGAGUGUGCAGAGCAAGCUUUGGGCUUCAGCAGUUGUGGAUUCACAUCACAUGUACCAAAAAAAAAAAAAAAAAAAAAAAAAAAAAAAAAAAAAAAAAAAAAAAAAAUCAAA